AAUAAACUGUAAGAGACGUCAAAAAAAAAAAGAGAGGAGUCGGUGUAUCAAAAAGUGAUUACUAUAAAUAUUUGUUACAGUAGCGAUCAUCUGCAUUCCCCUCACAGCUCACUCUAAGACAGCUCGUUCUAAGAGUAAUCUACGUUGGCGCUCUUUUUAUUUUUAGAAAGAUAUAAAUUUGUCGUUGGAAUUUAUUUAGAAGCCUCACAAGAAAAAAUAUCUUUAUUCAUUCCUCUUUUACUUUUAUUUCAUUUUAUUUUUUAUUUUUUUGUUUUUAUCUUUGAAAACACAUUGGUUUUUUUUAAUAUCAAUCCAUUAUGGGGCGCAAGAAAAUCCAAAUCCAACCUAUUAAGGAUGACCGCAACAGACAAGUGACAUUCUUAAAGAGAAAGCAUGGCUUGAUGAAGAAGGCUUAUGAAUUAAGCGUCUUAUGUAACUGUGAAGUCGCUUUGAUCAUCAUUCCCUCAAACAGUAACAAGAUGAUGCAGUAUUCCAGUGCUGAUAUGGAUACCUUGUUGAACCAAUACAGAGAAAAUACUCUACCAAAAGAGAUCAAAACCAACGAAGAUGUAAAUUAUAACACUGAGAUUGUGGAAACCCACCCUCUUUGGUAUUCAUUAUUAACGCGCAUUCGCUUGUUUUCUAUUAGUUUAUUGAAAAUAGCGACAUGAA